CUGAUUCUCAAAUUGGCAACGAGUAAAAUAUUCAUUUAUUCAUGAUGGCGACAGACGAAGAAGUAAUACGGAAGAGGCUCCUAAUUGAAGGAGAGAGUGGUGGAGAUGACAGGAGAAUCAGCAAUCUACUCAAAACUUUUGUGAAAUGGUGUCACACAGAUCAGACCAAAGAAGAAUGCACGGUUACAUACCAGAAGAUGCUGAUGAUGCUAUGUCAGGUAGACUUUGCCACAGAAAGAACACAGCUGAUUCAUCAAAUGAAUAUCAGAGAGAUGUCCAACUAUGAAGAGCUCUACUCAACAAUUGAACACAACAUCAAGGAUGCCCACCAGCAGAUAAAUGCAUGCAAGACAGAGCUUUCAGAUGCCAAGAGAGAGAGAAAGAACAGGCAGGAGUACGACACAUUGGCGAAGGUUAUCCAGAAACAACCCGACAGGAAAGAAACCUUGAACAAAUUGCAGGAACUGGAUAAGGAUCUCGGUGAAUUGAAUAGCACCAAGGAGUCUUUAGAACAGAAGUUGGAGGAUAGGAAGAAGCAGUUCCACGUUCUCAUCAGCGCCAUCCAUGAGCUGCAGAGGAUACUUGACACUGAUGAUGGGCCACAGAAGUUGAAUACCACAUCAGACUCGAUGAUGAGUGAGUCCAUGGACACUUCCUUGACAGACAAGUGAUACAGUCACCCCUUGCCCCCUCCUCCUCCCUCCCACACCCCCAAGAAUGCUUGGACUCCCCCAUGGAUGCCAUAGUCAUCAGAAUUACUUGUGAACUCUACAUACUUGUAUUUCUUGCGAUGAGUAAGUUUACCUCAUGGAGACCAUGUUCAUUCAACAUGCAUUCCCAAUGGGUGGCAUCUCAGGGAUAUCUGGAGUGUAGGAUUCAGCAGGUGAAAGUGUGGGAUAAAGAGUAGAAACACAGCUAUUGCUUCAGCUGUGGCUUCACAGACUGCCUUCACGGAGGACUUCAUGGAACCAUGUUAGAGCACCAUCUUGAUGUAAAGUGUGAUGUUCUUUUGAAAAAGCAACAGCACCUCCACCAGUUGCGAAAAUUUAAUAAACUUGGCCAUUGCUUCAUCUGAAGCUUCACAGGUCACUUCAAAGCUUUAAUGGAGCACCAUGGAGCAUAAUCUUGAUUGAAAGUCUAUCAUAUUCUUUUUUUAUAAAAUGACAGUAAUGCCAUCAACGUUUGAACAAUGCAAGAUUAAUUUAUACAGUGCUCUAUGUCUUGAUCCAUGUAGUUCUGUUUAGGCUGGACAAUGUCACUCUAGGAUAUUCAUUUUUUACACAUUUCAGAGUGUGGAGCAGAGAUAGAUGACUCAUCUUGAUCUAGGACAAGCCUUGUCCAGUUUUGUUUCUCUGCUCGUAAACCUCAGGGGGGUGUUUCACAAAGACUAAGAUCGACUUUCAGUUGGACUUAACUAUGACAGGCUGUUCAUGCCACUGUUUGCUGUCACCAUUAUGAUCAUUAGAUGUUUUUUUCCUUCAUUAAUGAUUUAUCAAAAAAUGUAAAUUAUGUAGAUUUGCGACCAUGAUUUAUAUUAACCUUAAGAGACUAAUGCCAGUAAAUGAUGAGAGCAAACAGUGGCACGAAUGGCCUGCCAUAGUUAAGUCCAACUUAAAGUUGAUCAUAGUCUUUGUGAAACACCCCCUGGUCUGCUUACUGGAUCAACAGAUUUUAAAGGCAGAGUAUUCUACAGACACUUCUUCAGAUUUACGUAUAAUGUCCUGAUGUGACGACAGCCAUGUCCCACAAUGCAUCAACAACUGAUGACGUGCAUGAUGAUGCUUGGGGACAGGAACCAAAAAUCUCUCUGUUGUACGCCUUCACCGAAAGAUGGCGCUAUAAAAAUACUGUACAGCAUUGCAUGGUAGUGAUGUCGAUAGAAUACUCUGCCUUAUGGUUUUGAGAUGUGAAAAAUCAGAGGAGAGUCAGGAGACCCAGGGUUUUGUUUUUUUUAAUUGUGUACUGGAUUUUCUGAAGAAGCAUUAAGGGAUAUUAAUAAUUUUGGUAUCUGGCUUCACACACAGAGCUCAUCUUUAUUAUUCCAAGCAAUGGAAUUUUGUGUUAUUUACAGGGCUAUGACAAAUUAAUAUUCCAGAAUGUGUGCCCUCUGAAACUUGUGUUCAGCUAUAAAUCAGUAAUUAUCUUCUCAGGAUUGUUUGGAGUAUUAUGACUUGUAAAGUUAAAGUCUCCUUCCCCUGUGCCAUUCAGGACACAGAAGUUAUGCAUGUGUUGGCC